GCGCGCUGUGGAGUUUGCUUAAAGCCAGCGGAAGGGUUCUGCUGCUGUGGGGAAAAAAACGUAGCAGCUCAAUAAAUGUUAAACUAAAAUGAAUGAAAAUACAUUUUAAAGUCUGAAAACUGGAUAUAAAACUGUUAAUGUUUGUUGUUGGGGGAAAGUUUUGAUUUUAACUCAGAGAUGGGUUUUAUUUAUUUAUUUAUUUUUCAGUGCGUUUCCGCUCGGAAAUCUGAUCCUGCUUUAAGAAUCCCCAGCAGCAGCCACGAGUCACAGAGCUGCGCGUCUCCCGCUGGAAGCAUCAGGUAGCUCCUUAUACGGAUCAGAGCCGCACUCGGCCCCUCUGGCACUGGAGCUGCUGGGCGCACAGAGGGGCAGUGCCAUGCGCACACCCGCAGACGCGCGGCUCCUGAGCGGAGAGAACCAGACUCUGAGGAUGGGAGCUCCUGGAAACUGCACCGUCCACCCUAACGGGUCGGAUCCGUUCGCGAGGAACGAAGAGGUGGCCCAGAUUGAAAUCAUGGUGUUGAGUAUCACGUUCGUGGUGGCUGUGAUCGGGAACGUCAGCGUGCUGUUGGCCAUGUACAACACCAAGAAGAAGAUGUCGCGGAUGCACCUCUUCAUCAAACACUUGAGCCUGGCGGACCUGGUGGUCGCCUUCUUCCAGGUGCUGCCGCAGCUCUGCUGGGAGAUCACCUUCCGUUUCUACGGGCCAGACUUUCUGUGCAGGAUCGUGAAGCAUCUCCAGGUGAUGGGCAUGUUUGCGUCCACCUACAUGAUGGUGAUGAUGACCCUGGACCGCUACAUAGCCAUCUGCCACCCUCUGAAGACCCUCCAGCAGCCCACCAAGCGCUCCUACAUCAUGAUCAUCUCCACGUGGGUGUGCAGCCUGGUGCUUAGCACCCCGCAGUACUUCAUCUUCUCCCUGAGCGAGAUCAAGAACGGUUCGGACGUGUACGACUGCUGGGCGAACUUCAUCGAGCCGUGGGGCGGGCGGGCGUACAUCAGCUGGAUCACCGUGAGCAUCUUCCUCGUGCCCGUGGUGAUCCUCAUGAUGUGUUACGGCUUCAUCUGCCACAGCAUCUGGAAGAACAUCAAGUUCAAAAAGAGGAAGACGCUGGCCGGAGCUGCGGGAAUGAGCGGGCUGAUCGGGAAGGACUCCGUCAGCAGCGUCACCACCAUCUCCAGGGCCAAACUCAGGACCGUCAAGAUGACCUUUGUGAUCGUCCUGGCGUACAUCAUCUGCUGGGCGCCGUUUUUCACGGUGCAGAUGUGGUCGGUGUGGGAUGAAAAGUUUCAGUGGGACGAAUCUGAGAACACAGCAGUGACUCUGUCUGCACUUCUUGCCAGUCUCAACAGCUGCUGCAACCCCUGGAUUUACAUGAUAUUUAGUGGUCACCUCCUCCAAGAUUUUUUGCACUGCUUUUCUUGCUGUCUCAAGUUGAACGCAGACUACAAGAAGGAGGACUCAGACAGCAGCAUCCGCAGGACCACGCUGCUCACCAGGAUGACCAAUCGGAGCCCGACUGACAGCACUGGUUACUGUAGAGAGCUGGAGAACUCUCCUAAAGCAUCCGCUCAGGCAGAGUGAAUCAGGGAUUCUGUGUCUCUGGACACACCUGAGGUCCCAAAGCAGAAAAACUAAUAGGAAAACACGACAGACAUAUUAGACUCAUUAAAAUGAUGGAACAGAAAAUAGGGUAAAUCUAAAAUUCUGCAUCCUAAUGUGACUUUUAGAAGUCGCUUCUGCAGAGUUUUCCAGGAACCUUGAGGUUGUUGCCAGUUUCUGCGUCUCCCUGCUGUGCUGCUAAACACCCCUUCCUGUUGGAGUGUUGACACAGAUAAAAGUUACUGACAGCUGGAGGUGCACUUUUCCAGAUCGGUCCACUCAACCAAAGCACUUCCAUUUGGGUUUGUUUUCUCAGAAACACAAAUCAUCAGUUAAUGCAAAAACCAAUAAACAAUAUUUUGACUCAGAAAAAAAAUAAGUAGAAGAGCGAUAAGCAACAGAAAAGUGAAGGAACAACAAAAAUAGAAUUAGGGAGGAUCCACACUUUUAUAAUCUGUCUUUAAUGUUGCAGCAGCAGGAUAACACACACACACACACACACACAGAGAGAGAGAGAGAGAGAGAGAGAGAGAGAGAGAGAGAGAGAGCAGGAAGCUUGAUGAGUUUGACUGUUGGAGGCGUCUGACCACCUUUACACAAUGUUCCCAUGACUUUCACAUCACAUUCGAUAGAAGCUCGCACAUUCCACACUGAACACGUCAGCUUUCUUCCUCUUUUGUUUUCUCUGCCGUCCUGCACCAUUGGGGGCUCUGGGUUUGGCCCCAUUUGCACUCAAGACAAAAAAAAGCUUCCUGCACCUCUUCAUGAUGAUCAUCAUCAAAUCCAUCAGACCCUGAAGGAACUAUGAAGGUCAUAGGAACACAUUUGUUGAAUAAAUGUAUAUAAUUCAAUAUGUAUUGUGUUUGUUAGCAUGCACAGUGGGCUUUAUUCAAAAUUUGCGUUGUAUUUGUGCAAAAGAAACAUAUUUUUAUUUGUAAAAAAAAGACAAAUAUGUGUAAAUCUGUUCAACAUUAGCUGUAACUGUCUGUAAUUACUCAUAAAAAUGACAAAAUACCUCCCAAAUUUAUGUUGAGAUAUACACAUUGAUUUACUACUGACCUUGCUGCCUGUUUUCACCAUUCUGACAUUAGAGAUUUCUUUGUUUGUGUUUCAUUCUGCUUCAACCACAGAAAUGGAUCUCUGUUUUGUUUGCUGGAAAUUGAGCAAUUUUUGAACUUCUAUCUUGAGCCAAUCUAAGCACUUAAAUCUGGCCAAGUUCUGAUAUUACGCAACAUUUCAAUUGAAUAAUAAUGUGAAUAGGAAGUUCCAUUACAAGUAGACUUCUUCUCAGAGAGCUGUCGAAAACAACGUCUGGCCUAAUAGGCUUUAGUGGCAGAUUACGUGUUGAAGUGUUCCAAAAUGGAAACCUUCCAAUGAGGCUGUCAGCUGGUUGUGCAAUCAGGUAACUAAUCACCAUGGUGCAUUAAGGAGGCAGUUACCAAAGAAAAUUAUUUGCAAUUCUAAUAUUUGUUUGAUUUGGUGAUGAGACAAAUGUGAGAUUUAUUUAGCAGAUGCAGCAUAAUUAAACAAAAUUCUGCUGCCUAAGGUUAUGAUGAGUUUUCAAAAGAAAUGCUGCUUUUAAACCUUUUACCAGUAGAUUACGACCACUCUUGUGUUAGAAGAUGCUCCAGCUAGUCGCGACGUAGCUAUGUGGCUCAUUUUUAAUGGGUGUAAAUCAAAUGUUGUGUUUCAAGCCAUGUCUUUGCUACUUCAUCAACUUUUUCCACUUAAUACAAAUAUCUCUGUCCACAUAAUUCUAACA